GUUAUGGAACAGUUCAAUCCUGGGCUACGGAAUUUAAUAAACCUAGGAAAAAACUAUGAAAAAGCUGUUAAUGCUAUGAUCCUCGCGGGAAAAGCCUACUACGAUGGAGUUGCCAAGAUUGGUGAGAUUGCUACCGGGUCUCCCGUGUCGACAGAACUGGGCCACGUUCUCAUAGAGAUUUCAAGUACCCACAAGAAACUCAAUGAAAGUCUUGAUGAAAACUUCAGAAAAUUCCAUAAAGAGAUUAUACACGAGCUGGAGAAGAAGACGGAACUUGAUGUAAAAUACAUGAAUGCGACUCUCAAAAGAUACCAAACGGAACACAGGAGUAAGUUAGAUUCUCUGGAGAAAUCACAAGCUGAGUUGAAGAAGAUCAGAAGGAAAAGUCAAGGAGGACGAAAUGCACUCAAAUAUGAACACAAAGAAAUUGAGUAUGUAGAAACCGUUACGUCUCGCCAGAGCGAAAUCCAGAAAUUUAUUGCAGAUGGUUGCAAAGAAGCUCUGCUUGAAGAGAAAAGGCGCUUCUGCUUUCUGGUUGACAAACACUGUAGCUUUGCAAAUCAUUUACAUUAUUAUCAUUUACAGUCUGCAGAAUUACUCAAUUCCAAGCUGCCUCACUGGCAAGAAACCUGUGGUGAUGCUACCAAAGUGCCUGAGAAGAUCAUGAGUAUGAUCGAGGAGAUAAGGACCCCAAGCUCUACCCCCGUGUCUGGGACGCCCCAGCCCUCACCGAUGAUUGAGAGAAGCAGCGUGGUGCCCCCAGCUCCUUCAGCCAGAGCGUAUACUAGUCCUUUGAUCGAUAUGUUUAAUAACCCAGCAACAGUUGGACAGAAUUCGGAAAGGAUAGAGAAUUCAACAGAUUCUUCAGAUGAUCCCAGUUUACAGCGAUCAGUUUCUGUUGCAACUGGACUGAACAUGAUGAAGAAGCAGAAAGUGAAAACCAUUUUUCCACACACUGCUGGAGCGAACCAGACCUUGCUCAGCUUUGCCCAGGGAGACAUCCUCACGCUGCUCGUCCCUGAGGAGAAAGACGGCUGGCUUUAUGGAGAGCAUGACACCACCAAAGUGAGGGGCUGGUUCCCAGCAUCCUACACAAAGUUGCUGGAAGAAGAUACAAAGGAGGCCAUGAGUGUGCCCACACCAAGCCCGGCCCCAGUGAGAAGCAUCAGCACGGUGAACUUAGCUGAGAAAAGCAGUGUCGUCAUCCCCCCACCCGAUUACUUGGAAUGUUUGUCCCUGGGAGCGGCUGCAGAUAAGAGAGCAGAUGUUUCCAAAAAUACUUCUACCUUUAAAGCACCGGUGUCCAAACCAGAAGCCACAUCUCCUAACGAUGCAAAUGGGACAGCAAAGCCUCCUUUCCUCAGCGGAGAAAACCCCUUUGCUACUGUGAAACUCCGACCGACCGUGACAAACGAUCGCUCAGCGCCCAUCAUCCGAUGAGGAGAGGGUCCAGGAACUCCAGUUCCUCCAGCAUUAAGUUCUCACUUGCAAAAUGAUACACAUUGGUCGCUGUGCGCGGUAACUGUUGUAAAGCUUCGCCAAAAGGUGCCUGAUUUUAACUGUAUUCUACUUGAGCAAAUUAAUGCAUUCUCUCAAUUUAACAUAGUUGGGUUGAUACAUUUCUGUCUUUAAGAAGCUAAGGAAGUAAUAGUACAGUGAUCAGCUCAGUCAUUUAAAAUGUAUUCUGUUCAUCAGAAGACAGUAAAUUUGGUUCCAGUCCUCACUGUAUCAUUUUUUACAUACUCUAAGAUUACUUUUUUUUAAUAGCCAGAGUAAGGGACAGUCUGUGCUUUCAUGACUGGCUUUCUGCACCUGAAUGCAAAGGAGACCACAGUUUUAUUUUAUAAAGCAUGUGCUCUUACCUAGCAUUAUGACGUUCAUCUAAAGGAAAUGAUGUGUAAAUUUGCAUAUUAGCAUGCAAAUCAUAAUUGUUAGCAAUAUAAAUUAUGAGACUAUUAUAUAAAAUUUUUUAACUUAAAAAUUUUAAAUUGUUUAAUCAAAUGUAGAGCUACCUAAGAUAGAGGAAUCUCCGUUUCCCUCAAUUUAGGCAGAGCUCUAGAGCGUAGAGACAUUUUUGCCUGUCCCUGUCACAGCCAUGAUGUUUAGUACUAGAAUAAUCACCAAGGGGCUCCGGAGUUGGGUCAGAGUUCCCAACUGGACUGCACGUGGGCCUGGCUCAGAGCAUCGGACUUGUGGUGAGGGUCCCACGUGAGCACCCCCAGGGUGCUCUCACUACGCUAGUUGACCAAAGCUGCGGCCGUUGCUAGUGUACUCGGAAACGUCUUGGGGUCCGAGUUUCUCCAUUUCUGAAUCAGGUACUGCCCCCCUCCCCCCCAAGAGCACGUGGAAAGCCAGGAGCCUGCGUGUUGGUGGCUGGGAUGGGAAGGUCUGUGUUUCAUCCAAGACCUGCCAUCACACCCUCAGAACCGGAAACUCCGAGCCAGUGGCCGAGUUUACCCCUGGCUGCCAGCGACUGUGCCCUGUUUGGAGGAGUGCAGGGUCAUGACACACACCCAGGCCGUUCACUGUGUGGGCAAAGACGGCCGUAUUUAUCACAGCUGCUCUGGUCCCACCAUAAAAUCAACAUUUUUCUAUAAACUUGAAAGUGGUCACGGUCAAAUGCAGGUAAACCAGUGGAAGUGUGUGACACUUCACGUUCUUGGUCCUGUCCUGGCUGCCAGGCGACCCAGGCCACCCCACCAAGCCACCAAGGGCUACUCUUCCAGGGCCGAGUUGGGCUGAGUGCCGAUGGCAGACAGCACACCUGUCCUGAGAGAUGAUGCUCCAGCCAACAAAGAAAACAGUCACAGCUCGUUCGGGGUCCACUGCUUCUCUCACCAUCUGACUAAGAGGAGGGUUCACGGAAGCACAGUAUUUUCAGCGGUGGGGGCUCAGGCCUCCUUAGCCUCCAGAGCUCUGCUCUUCGGGAUCCUCCGGCUUUGUUACAGAGAUUCUCAGGUGCGGCCUGCGGGCUCCCUUGGCUCACCCGACCCGGUCUCCGCCUUCACAGAAUGGACGGGGGGGGGGGGGGGGGGGGGGGCACUCACUGAGGAUGGGACAUGUCUUAGGUCCUGGGCACAGGUGCGUGCUCUGUCAAUGUCAAGGUAUUAUGUUUUGUCAUAUUAAUAAAAAGUUGGAAAGCACACUCUCGAGCUGUGACUGUCUACAGGACUAGAUCACACUCUGCCAGGAGCC